AUGAUUCUCAUGGAUGAUAAGGAUUCUAGGACCGUCUCCCUAGACGAGGCGUGGCGGGCUUCCCCGCUUGCCACCCUAGGUGACAACAAGCAAGGGAAUGAAGGGAACACCUUGGAGAAAGCUGAUGACGGUGGUGGCGAAAAUGUAAAUGGCGAAGAUGCUAUUGAUGUUGAUGACAGUGAUGCAAAGCUCACUAAAUCAGAUCGUGCUUCUGAUCGCGAGUCUCAAGUUAAGGCUAAAAUCUAUCUUUCCUUGCCAGUAGUAAAAAGCAACUCCCAUCUUACACGGGAACUACGACUACGGGUAAAGGAAGUUUCACGAACACUUGGAGAUGCAAGCAAGGAUUCUGGCUUACCUAGGAAUGCAAAUGAGAGAAUGAAGGCGAUGGAACAAACUUUGUUGAAAGGGAAGCAAGCUCAAGAUGAUUGUGCUGCUGUUGUGAAGAAGCUUCGGGCUAUGAUCCACUCAACAGUGGAGCAGCUCCAUGCACACAAGAAGCAGACUUUGUUCUUAACACAAUUAACAGCAAAAACAUUGCCAAAAGGUCCUCAUUGUCUUCCACUGCGCCUUACAACUGAGUAUUAUAGCUUGAAUUCUUCUCAGCAACAGUUCCCCAGUCAAGAGAAGUUAGAAGACCCUCGACUAUACCAUUAUGCAAUAUUCUCAGACAACAUAUUGGCUGCGGCUGUUGUUGUGAAUUCAACUGCUGUUAAUGCUAAGGACACCUCAAAGCAUGUUUUUCACAUUGUUACUGGGAGACUCAAUUAUGUGGCAAUGAGGAUGUGGUUUUUGGCAAAUCCACCCGGCAAUGCAACCAUUCAGGUUCAGAACAUUGAAGAUUUUACUUGGUUGAACGCAAGUUAUAGUCCUGUUCUUAGGCAGUUGGGCUCUCCAUCCAUGAUUGAUUAUUACUUCAAGACUCAUCCAGCAACUUCUGAUUCAAACCUGAUGUUUAGAAAUCCAAAAUAUUUAUCUAUCUUGAAUCAUCUCCGUUUCUACCUUCCUGAGAUCUUUCCAAAGCUCAACAAGGUGCUGUUCUUGGAUGAUGAUAUAGUUGUGAAGAAGGAUCUGACUGGUCUUUGGUCAGUUGAUCUGAAAGGCAAUGUAAAUGGUGCUGUAGAAACUUGUGGAGAAAGUUUUCAUCGAUUUGAUCGUUAUCUUAACUUCUCCCAUCCUCUUAUCGCAAAGAAUUUUGACCCACGUAUAUUUGAUUUAGUCGAAUGGAAGAGGCAAAACAUCACAGAGGUGUACCACAACUGGCAGAAUCUGAAUCAUGAUAGACAGUUGUGGAAGUUAGGAACACUGCCACCGGGUCUCAUAACAUUCUGGAAACAAACUUUCCCACUGAACCGAUCUUGGCAUGUCCUGGGUCUCGGCUACAACCCCAAUGUCAACCAAAGAGAUAUUGAUCGCGCUGCCGUUAUCCACUACAAUGGCAACUUGAAGCCAUGGCUUGAGAUAAGUAUUCCCAAGUUCCGAAGUCAUUGGACAAAGUAUGUCGAUUAUGCAUGUGUAUUUGCGAGAAUGCAACAUCAACCCAUAGAGAUGUGUCUUCUUGGUACAUUAAACCACUGAUUGAAGUUUUCUUGGCACUAGCCAUGCU